AUGGAAGAGUAUUUGGACGACGGCGAUGAGAACGAGUUGGAGAUGGCCGACGCGGCUUGCGAGAAGGGCCAUCGCCCGUCGAUGGCAGUGGCCACGGCCGAGGGCGGCGCCAUCUGCCUCGUCUGCCUCUCCGCGCUGCUCUCCGAUCGUCGCGCGCUCACCCACCACGUCUCCUACGCCCUCUCACAGCUCUCCGCAGCCAUCCGGUGCCCCGAGUUCGUCCGCCGCCUCGCCGGCCGCCAGCCCCACCUUCUCGUGUCUCCCCUCGUCCGCGCCCUCUCCUCCUUCGACGACGAGCCCCUCGCGCGCCAGCUGAUCGACCUCGUCUCCGAUCUCUCCGGGUGCGGGCUCCCCUGCUCCGUGUUUGGGGAUUUCAUCACGCGCAUCGCGGAUUUCCUCUCGUCCGGCGCUCUCGCUUGGAGCCGACGGCAAUUCUUUAUGCUGCAUUGUUUGGGAGUCCUGCUGAAUUCUUGCAAGGAAUACAACCCGGCAGCUCAUAUUAGAGAUAAAGCUGCCCUUUUCUCAACACUUGUUGUGGGUCUUCAGCUGCCAAGUGAAGAGAUUCGAGGGGAGAUAAUGUUUGUGCUGUAUAAGAUGUCCCUUCAACAGGCCACUCCAUGGGAUGAUGAGAACAACCAUGAUAUUGAUCUUUCAUCAAAAGGAAAUUCCUUACUGCAACUUUCACUUGAAGCUUUGCUCAAGACCCAAAAGGAUGAUGUUCGCAUAAAUUGUGUAGCACUGCUGAUGGUGUUAGCCCGGAGAGGUGUAUUCGAUAACUCUUUUGAAAAUGAUCAAAUUGGAGGCUUUAAUAAAGAAAUAGAUAAGCCGAUUCAUGGAGAUGAAGUAGUCUUUUCUUCACCUCUUAUUGAAAUGUUUGCUGAUGCUAUUAAAGGUCCUCUGCUUUCUUCUGAUAGUCAACUACAAACCAGCACCUUGGACUUGGUCUUUCAUAUCUUUUCAUCUGGUGCUACUUGUUUGAAGAAAAUUCAAGCUCUUGUUGAAAAUAACAUUGCAGAUUAUGUUUUUGAAGCACUCAGACUGUCAGGAAACAGAGAUUCCCUCAUCAUUUCCUGCCUUCAAGUUCUUAAUUUAUUAGCAACUGCUGAAGAAGUCUUUAUACAAAGACUUGCAAUAGGUUUUCCUACAUUGCUUGCAGUUUUACGAUAUGUAACUGAGAUACCUCUUCAUCCAGUUCAAAAUCAUGCUCUAAAACUUGUUUGGACUUGUAUCACAAAUUGCCCAGGAAUCAUGUCAAUUUCUCAAGUAGAGGAAAUAGCCGUGAUUUUGACAGGAAUUUUCAGAAGACCUGACAUGGGAGAGCUGGCCAUGGUUUCUGAAACCUUUACCUUGGCCUGCUCAACAUUUGUGGAGAUCCUAAGAUCACCAUCUGCCUGCAAUAUACAGCAAUUGGCUUUAUUAUUUCAAGAGGCAUCUAGAAAUGCAGUAAUUGCAUCUCUUUCAUCUCAUGAAGAUCCAGAUAAACUUCUGUACUCCCUCUACCUUCUAAAAGAAGUAUACACAUGUGGUGUUGAGGGAUAUUCCCAUGCAAGUUGUGCCAGAAAGGAGUUGGAGGAAAAUAUUAUUGAAACUUGUUUAACAUAUUUGUUACCUUGGCUUGGAAGAGUCAUCGAUGGAGGGCAAGAUGAGGAAAUUGUACUGGGUAUUAUCGAAACUUUUCAUAUAGUUUUACUUGUGGGUUCGGAAAUUCAAGCACGACACUUUGCUGAGUCUCUGGUUUCAUCGUCUUGGUUCAGUUUGUCAUUUGGAUGCUUGGGAUUGUUUCCAACUGACCAGAUGAAAACAAGAAUAUACCUGAUGCUAAGUUCAGUUAUCGACAGACUUUUAGGCUCUGACUUUGGAGAAUCCAUCAGAGAUUGCUACCCCAAUCUUCCAUCUGAUCCUCUAGAGCUGAUAUAUUUACUGGGUCAAAGCUACUUAGAUGAUCCACUUAUGGCUUCCUGUCAAUGUGCUGUUCUUAUGAUGCUAUAUGUUAACUCAUUGUAUGGUGAAAGGUUUACUGAUGGGAACCAAGUAUUGGCUUCUUUAGAGCAAUAUAUCCUUGUCAAUGUCAGCAGCAACUCAUCAUGUGAAAUUGCUAAUUCCAUGAUGCUUUCUCAAUUGGUGCAUCUUUACGCUCUUGUUAGAAGUGAUCCCUUUAGCUGUCAAUCACUGUGCAGCACGGAAGCUGAAAAAUCUGUGUUCUGUUUAAUAGCUGAAAUGGAGUUGGAUUUGUUCUCUAUAGGUCUUCAUCCAAGAGCAGUAAAGUGGUUUUUCCAACAGGAAGAAAUCAUGAAACCCCUUUCUUACUUGGUACUGAACUUCUGUAGAUCAUACAGCACAAACAAGGCUCAAAUUUGUACACAAUCAAAUUGUAUCAAACUGCUAGAUAUCCAGAUGAUAGCAGACCUCAUAGUUUCUGGAGAUAACUUUGUCACAGAAUUGCUGGUUUCAUUAGUGAAAGAGUUAGAAGAAGGCAGAGAAGAUGAUAUCUCACAUUUGGUUAAUGCCAUGACGGACAUUCUGAAUAUUUUUCCUGGAGCAUCUGAUGAGUUCAGCUUACAUGGCAUUGCUGAAGCACUUAAUAGGGUCUUUUACUUGACACAUGAUGCACUGAUCAUCAAGACCUGCUCCCUUUUCAUUUUUAAUGUUCUUUCUUUGGCAAAUCAUGAAACUCUUUCUCAAGAUAAAAAUUGGCUUGGAAUCCUACUGAAGCUGCUUGAGCAUUUAAGACCUAAAUUAGUUCACUACUCAUUUGGCCAAGAAGAACACUUGAUACUUGCUAUUUUUAGCCUCAUCCUUCACUAUUCCACCAGACAAGUACUUCAAGAAGCAUCAAAGGCUAUACUACUGGAUAAGUCUUUAGCUUCUGCUGUAGAGAAAGUUGUACAGACAGCAUGCGAAAAAGGUCCAGCAUUAAAUGCUUAUGAUGAAGAGACACCUAUAGGAGAGACAUUAAUUUUUCUCCUUUUACUAUAUGUGUUCUCUUUAAGAAGUUUGCAUGCUGUAUUUCAGGAAACUAUGGAUUGGCAAGACUUCUUUCAAUUAGCUGAUGAAAGUUAUCCAUCAUCAGUAAUCUGUAUUAAAUGCCAUGAUUUAUGCAGGCUGCUGCAUUUUGGUUCCUCAAUUGUGAAGCUGGUUUCUUCACAGUGUCUACUGGAGUUGCUGACCACAGUUUCAGAACAGAGGGAGAAGAAAAAAAAAGAGCCAAAUUGGUCUGUUAGAUACGUCGAAUCUGUUAUAACUGUUGCAGAAGGCUUGCUUUUCUAUGGAGACUUUACAACAUCCUCAAACUGUCGUGCUUGUCUUUCUAUGCUCUUAGGGUGGGAAAAGUCUGGUUCACUGGACAAGAAAGUGAUUGGAAAUUCCAAAUGGUUUCGGCUAGUAAUGGAGGAAUUAAUCAUGACUUUAGCUGCACCUUGUUUUGCAUCACGAUCUUUCACAAAUCAACACAAGCCUGCAGCUCAUAUGGCUAUAUUUUUCCUCAAAAUGGACAAAGUACCUUCAUGGAUGAAAUCAGUGUUCAGUCAUUCUAGUAUCUCUGGAAUUCUGAACAACCUUUCUGCAUGUAGUUUGACUUCAGAUAUGGUCAAACUCUUCAGGGAGUUGAGAGUUAGGAAAUAUCUAAACAAAGAGCAGGUUGAUGCUCUCCAUAAUUUGUUCCAGGUUUGCAGAAAGCAAGUGUACAAGGACAUUUCCAGAGAGGAAGUUGUAGAGGAGAAUAUUCACAAGGUUAUGAAAACCCCUUAUGAUACAGGUGAUGUGUGCACUGUGCUCAUUAAACUUUUGCUAUCUUCAAAUAGCUAUUACAAUGAAAUUCAAUCAGAGCAUGAAAAGCUGCUAGAAGAAAUUGAUUUGUUUCUCCAAUUUUCAACCAUCCAAUAAGAGUAGGGGCUCUGUCAAAUCUCUGUAUUCUUUUUCAUGUUCUCUCUCUCUCUCUC